AUGGGGAGCACGUUUUCACUCGACGCCUUGAAGGCCCACUUCGUCGCUGUGUUGGGCGUGCUGUGCUGCCGCCUGGUGGCGGAGGCCGGAGUUAAGCAGCGCCGCUCGCCGUUUGGCUCUGCCGGCACCCAGCUGACUCCCGUCGGCUACGACGGCGAGGAUCGCGACGCCACCAUCAUCAGUUACGAGAACGUGCAAACCGAUGACGGCUAUCAGUUCGGGUUCGAGACCUCGAACGGCAUCGCGCACGAGGAGGUGGGCCUGAUGUUCGGCGGCCGGGAGAACAACACGGGCGUCAUGGUGACCGAGGGUCGCGUCCAGUGGGAUGCGCCUGGAGGCUUCCGCUUCGAGGUGCUCUGGCACGCCGACGAGAAUGGCUACCAGCCCACCGGCGUGCACCUCGUGUCGGAGCAUUGGCACCCGCUGGCACAGGCACCCAGCUCGCUGGAUGAGUACAAGCUGUUGCGUAGCGCGCGCGAACGCUUCAACGCCCAGGAGACCCUGCGGAAGGUGGAGGCGCUCGCCCAGGCUAGUGGCAGCGGCCGGCCGGCUGCCAAACGCGACUGACAGGGAGAUCACUUCAUGUGAUCACUCCAAGUGAAGCCUUUUCACUUAAGAUGGCGAGGGGGCGAGGUUUUUGAGACAUAAUAUAGCGUCUAUUGAAAGUGCGUGCAAUUCUCCUUUAAAAAUGUUUAAUUGCUGUCAUGUUCUUGCUCAUUGUGCGGGACUAUCCGCACAAACCUUAAUUCCCUCAUUGUCAGCGGCUGAUUAUGCGUAAAGGGCACUGUGCCUGCUUUCUGCGCACGCACACAGAAUAGGGCGCUACGCGAAAAGCGAGGCAGCUGCUUGACAGUGAUGGUCGUGGUGUGAAAGUGGAAUAAACACCUGAGAUCAU